ACGAUCAAACCUUUAGGAUAUAUCUAGGAAUAAUAUACAAAGAAUAGUAGUAUAAUUUCAGUGACAACAGUAUCGUUACCACCUGGUUGACUUUUCUGUCAUUCCCCACUUGAUCUCGUAACAAGUGUAACACCAAAACCACCACCACCACCACAACCAUCAACCACCACCACCGCUAAUAAUGUUCUUCCCUCGAGAAGAAGAGAAAUCUAAAGUUAGAAUCAACAGUGCCAGACAGUCGACUCGAGUUCAGUGCAAAGAGCACCAUCCUCUCUUUUCUCGAGACCGACUUUCUCCGUUGAAGAAUUUUCUGUUUUUCUUCUACGUACUUCCACACUUUUUCUGUCUUUUAAGUGAAGACACAAGUGGUCAUCGUGAAGGAUUUCUUCUAAGAAGAACAGAGUUACUUGAAACCGAAGACAACCGAAGACAAUAAAUUAAGGAAGAGGAAGAAGAAUUUUCAAAAUAUUAGAAAACCCUUCUUCUUCCCUCCACUUCAAAAUUAAAAACAAAAAAAUAAAAGGGAAGCAGAAAACAUUUGUUAACAAAUAGAAGAAGAAGUGUUUGGAAAGAGUAAUUCAGUAUUUGAGUACUCAUACGCGUAAUCCUCUCGGAUUAAACAAUUUUUUUUUUUUUUAAUAAGGAGAAGGAUGGCUUACAGCUGGGACAAUCGCGUUAGUUUUAUUGUGAAAUUUCUGUAUGAUAUCGAUAAUAAUGGAAUACUUGAAAAACACGAUUUUGAGUGUAUAGCAUUGAAAAUGACUCUGAUCGAAGGAAAAGGAGAAUUUAAUUACAACAGAUAUCAAGAAAAUCUUCACGUAAUGCUCUCACUUUGGGAAGAAAUUGCAGAAUUAGCUGAUUUCAACAAGGACGAUAUAGUAACAAUCGAAGAAUUUAAAGAAGCUGUACAAAGGAGUUGCGUUGGUAGAGAUUACAGAGAUUUUCCACAAGCUAUGAAAAUGUUUAUAGACAGUCAUUUCAAGAUAGUUGAUUUAAAUGACGAUGGUGUCAUUGCUGCCGACGAAUUUCGUUACAAUUGCGUUACGAGAAUAGCCGUGGACAACGUUGACAUUCUCGACGAGGCGUAUCAAAAUCUUCUCAACGACGACGAUAGAAGACGCGGUGGUUUAACUUUGUCACGAUAUCAAGAAUUAUACGCACAAUUUUUGGGUAAUCCUGACGAAAAUUGUCCUGCUGUUCAUCUAUUUGGUCCUUUACACGAAUUAUGUUAACAAAUUCUUGUUGAAGAAGUUUAAAAUGAAUUAUUUUUUC